UAUGGCGCCAGGCCGGCCCCGCCCCCAGCCUCGCUGUGGCCUGCGGGUUCCCGGCCGGCGGCGCGGCAUUCUGUCUUGGGGACUGCUGGUGUGGCAGCGUGAGUCUCUGUAGCUUUUCUUUAGCUACGCUUCAGCCCAGCGCCGCCUCAGCCCACAGCCCCAAGCCUCCAUUAUGGACUUCGAGGACGAUUAUACACACUCUGCUUGCAGGAAUGCUUAUCAGGGCUUUAAUGGAAUGGAUCGUGAUUUUGGCCCAGGAUCCUAUGGAGGGAUGGAUCGUGACUAUGGCCAUGGAUCCUAUGGGGGUCAAAGAUCCAUGGAUUCCUACCUAAACCAGUCAUAUGGCAUGGACAAUCACAGUGGUGGUGGUGGGGGUAGCAGGUUUGGACCUUAUGAGUCUUACGACUCCAGGUCUUCUCUGGGUGGGCGAGAUCUGUACAGAUCUGGCUAUGGUUUUAAUGAACCCGAACAAAGCCGCUUCGGAGGUAGUUAUGGUGGUCGAUUUGAGAGCUCCUACCGGAAUAGCCUUGACUCUUUCGGAGGUAGAAACCAGGGCGGGUCUAGCUGGGAAGCACCUUACUCCCGUUCAAAAUUGAGGCCUGGGUUUAUGGAGGACAGAGGAAGAGAGAAUUACUCUUCCUACAGCAGUUUUUCUUCACCCCAUAUGAAGCCUGCACCUGUAGGCUCUCGGGGGAGAGGAACGCCUGCUUAUCCUGAAAGUACGUUUGGAAGCAGAAACUAUGAUGCUUUUGGAGGACCAUCAACAGGCAGAGGCCGAGGCCGAGGACAUAUGGCUGAUUUUGGAAGCAUUCAUAGACCCGGAAUUGUUAUUGACUAUCAAAAUAAAUCCACUAAUGUGACUGUUGCUGCUGCAAGAGGAAUAAAAAGAAAAAUGAUGCAGCCAUUUAAUAAGCCUGGUGGAACCUUUAUCAAGAAACCUAAGCUAGCAAAACCUAUGGAAAAGAUGAGCCUCAGCAAAUCACCUACAAAAACUGAUGCAAAAAAUGAAGAAGAAGAAAAGCGUCGAAUUGAGGCACGGCGAGAAAAACAGAGGCGCCGAAGAGAGAAAAACAGCGAGAAGUAUGGAGAUGGAUACAGAAUGGCAUUCACAUGUUCAUUUUGUAAGUUUCGAACGUUUGAAGAAAAAGACAUUGAACUACAUCUGGAAAGUUCUUCACACCAAGAAACAUUAGAUCAUAUUCAAAAACAAACCAAAUUUGAUAAAAUAGUUAUGGAAUUCUUGCAUGAAUGUAUGGUGAAUAAAUUCAAGAAAACAUCCAUUCGUAAGCAACAGACAAAUAAUCAAACAGAAGUUAAAAUAAUUGAAAAAGAUGUAAUGGAAGGUGUUACUGCCGAUGAUCACAUGAUGAAAGUAGAGACUGUUCAUUGCAGUGCUUGCAGUGUAUAUAUCCCAGCUUUACACAGUUCAGUUCAGCAGCACUUAAAAUCUCCUGAUCAUAUCAAAGGGAAGCAGGCUUAUAAGGAACAAAUAAAAAGAGAGAGUGUCUUGACUGCUACAAGCAUUUUAAAUAAUCCAAUAGUGAAGGCCCGGUAUGAACGUUUUGUUAAGGGUGAGAACCCUUUUGAAAAUCAAGAUCAUUCUCAGGAUCAGCAAAUAGAAGGAGAUGAAGAGGAUGAAGAAAAGAUUGAUGAACCUAUUGAAGAGGAGGAAGAUGAAGAGGAGGAAGAAGAAGAAGCAGGGGAAGCAGAGGAAGUAGAAGAAGUCGAGGAAGUGGAGGAAGCAGGAGAAGUUGGAGUAGAGGAAGAGGGGGAUGCAGAGGGAGGGGAGGAAGGAGGAGUGGUGAGUGAGGAUAGAGCAGAGGGUGAAGUUGAGGUAGCUGGGGAAGAGGAAGAGGAGGAAGCAGCAAAGGAAGAACCUGUUGAUUUCCCUGUUGAGCAACCUGAAGAAAAUUAAGUAUGAGGUGUUAGAUUUAAAAGGAGCUUUAAAUUUCUGUCCUAUUGUGGAAAAAAGGGUAAGAGUUUUAAUAGCUUAAAUUAAUGAAUUAACACCCAUGUUGCAUGCAUUCCACACAUUGAAAUUGUUUUAUAUAAUUUCUAAAUGUUUGGCAUUUGUUUAAUAAAAUGGAGGUAUUACUAUUUUUAGUUUAGUUUUUAUAGCUACCAAACUUAGAAAAUCUAAUAAAUUGUUUGUAUGAUUUUUAAGCUUAAUUUUUAUUACUUUACUGGUGUUAAGGUUAAUAGGUGUAUAUUGAUAGUAUAUCUAUUCUAAUCAUUUGAACUUAAAUGCUGCUCCUGAGUGAAUUUUCAAGUAUGCAUUGAUUUUUGGGGAAUACUUACCCUAGAUAAGCUAAAUUGGGCAAGUAUUUUGUGCUAUGUGUAGUUUUUUAAAACCAUUUGGACAUUGGUUAGUAAUCUGUGUUAAGAUAGUUUAAAGCUUUUUGUGAAUCUUUCCCUUUGUAGCAAUAAAUGUUUUUUUUUAAACUUUCUGUCCAGAUUAGCAAUUUAAAUUAAAUAGUUGAUCAAUUAAAUGAAUACUUAAAAUCAUUAUUUGCCUUAAUGUAUGAAUUCAACUUACAGGUAUUUCAAAAUGAUUGAGAAGACUUGAAUUAAAAAAUUUUCUCAAUCAUUAUUUUUAAAAAGUGUAAACUAUAUUUUUAAGCACAUUUCAAAUAGAGGUCAGUCUAUAAUUGACCUUGUUUAUACUUGUCUUAGUUUGUUUUUUUUCUUUGUGCUUGUGUCAAAUCUUGGAAUCUUCCUGAAAAUACAUUUGAAUAUAAAUAAGUUUUCCGUGGUUGUGUUAGUUCUUUUGUUAAUGUCGUUGCCUGAAUAGCCAAGCAGCAAGUCAUUUUCUUUUUUAAAAAAGAAUUAUUUCUCUUCGAAAUUUUUUUGUAACUUUUUAUGGCUUCUGCACCUAAAUGUUCAAUGAAGAGAACACUAAUGGAUGAUCUGUUUUUAAGUCAUUUAUUUUCAAAUGACCAUCUUUCUGUAUGACUAGAAAGCAGUGCUCUUGUCUUAUCAGAGUAUGAAUUCAAAGGUCAUUGUUUUUUGAAUCUUUACUCUGUCUGGUUUUAAGGAAGGAUUUUAUUUCAAUAAAACUAGCUCUUCAACAAUUUAAAGCAUUAGAUGUAUAAAUGUAUGGGUAUAUUAAGUAAUAAAAGGCAUGAAAUGAAUGAAUGUAUGGGUAUUUGUAGAAUUUGUUUGAUUUUUUUUUCUCUUUUUGUGUUAUAAAACAAGGCUUAAGUGCAAUUUUUGUGGACCAUUAUUACUACUUUUUUUAAUAGUAACUUACCUUUAACAUGGAAGAUUACAUGGUUCGAUUACCUUUAACAUGGAAGAAUACAUUAGGCAUUUAGAUCCAGUUGAGCGAUUCAAACCCAUAUAAGGGAAGAUUAGUUGAAGACUAUAAAAUUUGGUUCUUAUUUAGUCAUCUGUUUAGUUAGCAGAAAGCUGUUUUUGCUCAGGAGCUUAAAUUUUAAGAUGAAUAGGACUUGAUCAACCUUCUUUUUUUCACCUUUGUUUUAAAGUACUGUGGAAAUGCCAAGGUAAAAAAUAAUAAAUUUGUCUGAUUUUAUUAGUAUUUGGUUCUUUUGGCACUAUAUCAGGGUUUUUAAAGUAAACUAUCUGUGGUAACCUGAUUAAGAAAUGAAACUUAGAAAGAGUCCUGUAUAGCAAGAAUCUUGUAACAGCUAACAGCUUCUAGGUAAGUGUUUUAGAGUGAAAGUUAAGAAAGAUCAACUAAAUAAUUUUUGUGGGAAGCAUAAUUCUUUAUAAAGAUUAGUUUACUUGUAAGGUAUUAAUAAAGUAUAUUAUUGUGCUUAAUUGAGAAAUUUAAAUAUAUGUGUAAUCCAUUGGAUACUUUGUAGAUUUUUAGUCCAGUUUACAAGCAGAUUAAUUUUUGUGAUCCUUAGUGUUUGUAUACCUUCAUUGCUUUUAUAAUAAGGAUAUAAGAUCUUUAAUAAUCUUUCAGCUUUUGUUUCCCAUGAUUGUGUUUCUUUACUCAAAAAGGAGACAUGUAAUUUAAUAACCAAAGAAAUUUACCUAUAAUCUGCUUCAGUUUUUGUAGAAGUGAAGAUUUGAAGGCUUCACUUCAGAUUGAUCAAAGCUUAUUUUUUGGAGGUGAUGUAUUUUUAAUGAGUGUUCUGUGAUUCUGAAGGUAGGUGUGAUUGCAGCAUUAAUAGGGCUCUCAGACAAAUGUUUGGUUUCUAUGAUUCUCAUGAAAACAGAAGCUUUGUGCCAUAUUGUAGGAACAUUUAACUUUGGAGGAUUCUCUGUAAUGCUUUGUGACAGCAUUGGAAUGAUCUGUAACAGACUUGUGGAGGUCCAAAAUUAGCUUUGUAAAAAACAUUUUUAAAAAAUGGUUGCAAAUUUAGUAAUAGGACUAGUAGUAUUCUCAUAUAACAGUUUUGCCCAUAGGCACAGAAAAAACUUACAGAGGCACAUAUUGACAGUGUAGGUUGAAACAUAUUUGAGAAUUGUUUUUGUUUUCAAGGGAAAUACAUUAUUAUCAGGUUUCCUUACAUACUAUAUUAUUUUAACAUUUGUUUUGCCUAUAAAAUUGUCCUUGUUUUGAAUGUAAGCAAACUUUUUUUGAUGGUAAAAUAUACAUAGCAUUUACUUUACCAGUUUUGAAAUGUAGAGAAUUGAGUGGCAUUAAGUCCAAGCACAGUUUUGAUUACAACUUGACAUCUGUCCUUCCUUUCUUUCUUUCCUUUUUUUUUUUUUUUUUCUUGAGACAGGAUUUUGUUAAGUUGUGUGGCUGAGACUUGAAUUUGGAAUCACCUUGCCUCAGCCUCCCAGAGUGCUGGAUAAUAGGUGUGUUUUACCACACCUGGGUUUGACAUCUUUUAAAGGGAAGUACAAGCAACCUAGUUAUCUUACAAAGUGAUUAGUAUUGGCUGUGAAGUUUAAAAAUAACAAUGGUUUAUUUGAGUGUAAUCCCAGCCCUAGGAGGCUGAGGCUGGAGAAUGAUGAGAGGCCAUCCUGAAUUACACAGAAAGUUUAAGGCGGAUAAGGACCACAAAGAGACCUUGAGCCAAGCACCACCACCCCCAUCUACCUCGUAAACAAAUACAAACCUAAAACAAACCAGUGAGUUGUGUACUGGGAGGAGAACCAAGAAACCAACCUGUGCCCCCAUGUGAGCCGGCAACAACCAUGUGUUCUGGGAAGAGGACAAAGAAGCAACCUGCACUCUUGUGAGCCAACAGCAGCCAUGCAAGCUGGAAGAAGAAUCAAGAAGCCCACACUCUGCCGUGAGCUAGCCAGCAUGUGGAUUGGGAGACAAGAAUCUCCCACACCUCCAUAAAGAACUGGCUGGUUUUGAGUAACACAGGCUGGGAUGUUAGUUAGCAACUGAAGUAAAAAAUAAUGCUUAUAUUGUUUGACUUUGCAGGCCUAAAGCCGGUAAUCAGAGCUUCUAUUUAGAAGAUAAUAGUAUGCAAUAAAGCAACUAUAGAAGA